AUGACCAGUAGUCUUCCCCAACUGCCGGAGGUUGCCCUCCUGCAGAACGACGACUCGAUGCUGUCUCGGAGGUUCGGGAGGGAGAUUACCAAUUACUAUGCUGGCAGCAGCAUCAACCGCAUCUCGUUCCUGAGGGCCGACACCUCGUUCCUCCAGCAGGCGUCCAAGAGCCCCCGUGCUCGCUACUUCGCUCUGAACAACCUCGGCCCCGUUGUCGAGGACCAGGGCACCCUCGCUCUCUUCUCACUGGAGAACCUCAAGUCCCUGAUAGGCUCAGAUCCCUUCAAGCUCACCGAGGAUGAGUCCAUCAAGAACUUUGACUCAACCAAGAAGACGCCCCUGAUUGUCUUUCUGGGCCUGCACGAGGGCCCCAACUCGGAUGAGUUCACUACGACCAGCCACGGCACCGUCAAGGGCGAGCCCUACUUCGCCGUUGAUGUCACACCCCGUGGCACCUACUCCGAGGCCGCCUCUGCCUUCCUGAAGUCUCAGGAAGAGAAGGGCUUCACCGUUCAAAGGAAUGCCCGGGCCAUGACCCUCCACGCCGAAGCUGCCGCCAUGUAUGCCCAGGCCAGAUCCAUGGUCGACUGGAACACCCGCAACGGCUUCUGCGCCGGCUGCGGCAACCCCAACCUCUCCGUCCACGCCGGCUACAAGCGCGUCUGCCCGCCCACGGACCUGAAGGGUGCGCAGGAGGCCGUGACCCUCGACGACUGCCCAACCCGCCACGGCGUCUCCAACGUCUGCUUCCCCCGGACGGACCCCACCAUGAUCGCCGCCAUCGUCUCCGCGGACGGCCAGAGGGUCCUCCUCGGCCGCCAGACGCGCUACCCGGCCCACCUCUACAGCACCCUCGCCGGCUUCCUCGAGCCGGGCGAGUCCUUCGAGGAGUGCGUCCGGCGCGAGGUCUGGGAGGAGGCGGGCGUCAAGGUCGGCCGCGUCGUCGUCCACUCCACCCAGCCGUGGCCCUACCCCUCGAGCCUCAUGAUCGGCGCCAUCGGCCAGGCCGUCGCCGGCGGCGAGGCUAUCGAGCUCAACGACAAGGAGCUCGACGUCGCCAAGUGGUUCCCCAUCGAGGAGGUCCGCCAGGCCCUCCUCUCCGGCGCCGGCGCUCUAGAUGCGCCUCCCCCUCCUGGGUACAAGGAGGGCGAGCUGCGUGUGCCCCCGCCCCAGGCCAUUGCCAAUAGGCUCCUCACGGCUGUGGCGGAGGGUUACCUUACUACUGCUCCCAAAAUCUAG